UGCUGGAAGAGGAGGUGGCGGCGGCGGUGGUGGUGGUAGUGCUGCAGCCGCGGGCAGAGCCUCCCCCUCCCGCCGGGCCGGGCGGGGCGGGCUCCGGAGCCGAGAUGUCUCAGGAGCGGCCCAAGUUCUACCGGCAGGAGCUGAACAAGACGGUGUGGGAGGUGCCCGAGCGCUACCAGAACCUCUCCCCGGUCGGCUCCGGGGCCUACGGCUCCGUCUGUUCUGCCUUUGACACAAAAACUGGGUUACGUGUGGCUGUAAAGAAGCUGUCCCGACCAUUUCAGUCUAUCAUCCAUGCCAAAAGGACCUACAGAGAGCUACGGCUACUUAAGCACAUGAAACACGAAAAUGUGAUUGGCUUGUUGGAUGUGUUCACCCCUGCCAAGUCACUAGAAGAAUUCAAUGAUGUGUACUUGGUGACACACCUUAUGGGAGCAGAUCUGAACAACAUUGUGAAAUGCCAGAAACUCACUGAUGACCAUGUGCAGUUCCUCAUAUACCAGAUUCUUCGGGGCCUGAAGUACAUUCAUUCAGCUGACAUAAUACACAGGGAUUUAAAACCUAGUAACCUAGCUGUAAAUGAAGACUGCGAGCUGAAGAUCCUGGAUUUUGGCUUGGCCCGACACACAGAUGAUGAGAUGACUGGGUAUGUGGCUACCCGGUGGUACAGGGCUCCUGAGAUCAUGCUGAACUGGAUGCAUUACAACCAGACAGUUGAUAUUUGGUCAGUGGGAUGCAUUAUGGCUGAACUGUUGACUGGAAGAACGUUGUUCCCUGGUACAGACCAUAUUAACCAGCUUCAGCAGAUCAUGCGUCUGACGGGAACACCCCCUGCAUAUCUCAUUAACAGGAUGCCCAGCCAUGAGGCAAGAAACUACAUUCAGUCUCUGUCUUACAUGCCGAAAAUGAACUUUGAAAAUGUGUUUAUUGGUGCCAAUCCACUAGCUGUGGACUUGCUAGAGAAGAUGUUGGUACUGGAUACAGACAAACGAAUUACUGCAGCAGAAGCGCUGGCUCAUGCCUACUUUGCUCAGUAUCACGACCCGGACGAUGAACCAGUGGCAGACCCCUAUGACCAGUCUUUUGAAAGCAGAGAACUUGAGAUUGAAGAAUGGAAAAGCCUGACUUACGAUGAAGUAAUCAGCUUUGUGCCACCACCGCUUGACCAAGAGGAGAUGGAGUCCUGAGAAACUGCUCUCUUCUGUUUGUCCCACUUCACUGUGAGGGGAAGGCCUUUUCAUAGGGACUCUCCAAUUCGUUCAAGUGCCUCGUCACAACAAUAUUCUCCUUGGUGGAGGGGUUUUGUGUGUGUUGAAUUGGGGAGGGUGGGGGGAGGGAAGAAAGCUGAGUCUAUGUAAACAUGCUGCAUGCUCUCUUGUAUUCUGUGUACAGCCCGGGGCAAGCCUCUGAAGACCUGUUCUAACUGCUCUUCAGUCCUUCCAGAGUAACAGUGCUCAACCUGUUUGCACUGCUGGGGCGAGGUGGGGAAGCUGACGUUUAAAGUUUGGUUACAAUCCUUGCCAUUUAUCAAUUCUUCUACAAUUAAGUAACCUCAAAAUAAUGGAAGUUGUUUUAUAGGCUUAGAGAGUCCUCUGUUUUCCUCAGGACUGAAGGUGGGGUUGAGGGAUGUCCUUGUUCAAUGCCAGAUGGCUGAUUUACGUCCAGAUCUUCCUGGUACAGCAGAAUAUACAGGCCUACUAAUGUCUGAUUCUUGGAACAUGAAAAGGUUUUGUUUGAAACUGUAAAUAUGUUUGUGCCUUAAAUGAAUGGGGAGAGAGGGGAAAGGAAGUCUGGAGUGGAAAUCUCUGACCCACUGUUUUUCAGGGUGAAGGCCCCCAGAUAGCCAGGCAUGAACUCGAUGUAAUCAGGAAAUAACUUUCUGAGGCAACAGCCUCUACCCCUGGAUUUGAGUAUUCCUGUUUUUUUUCCCUCUUCCCCUCCUCUCAUUCUGAGGCUUCCCAGCAUUAGCUCCCACAAGACAGAGGCUGGAGAAGAUUCUUGCUAGCCACACAUUUGUGUAUUUUGUUCCUUAAAAGGUGGAGUGUUUUUGCAUGUCGUAGCUGUAUGUGCAUGUAGAGCUGCUUGAUUUUUGUCAUUACUUCUUGGGGAUGGCACUAGGGCAGUUAAAUCGUCGGUGAACUAUUUUACUGAGUACCUCAGCCAGUGCCGUGAAAUCACAGCAUCCUUCCUCUUGUGCUGCAGCUCAUUGUGAAAUACCUGCCAUUCUGGAGGCUUUGUUGAGGAAAGGAUAAAAUAUACGGCAUAGAAACAUGCACCUUUUUCUUUGCGUUCUGAUCUUCUGGUUUCAGAGAAGGAGAGCUUGGGACGGAGGGUUUCUUGUGAGAUCAAAUGUAAAAAAUGUUCUUCAAAGAAACAACCAUGGAUCUUGUGCCAGAACUUAACUUAUUUCCUGAAAAGAAUUUUUUUAGAAGUAUUGGAAUCCAAAGCAAAGAAAUAAGCAUGCAUAAAACCACAAUCUCCCUUUUACUGUCUAUAUCUAUAAAUAUAAAUAUUUAUAUAUAUAAAACCCUGACAUUUACUAGAGGUUUUUUUACCCUCUCAGCUUCUUGGCUGUUUUUUAGCAGGUUGAUCUCUGCCUGAGGAAACAUGAAAAGCGAGUAUGUUUGAAUACAAACAUGGUUCAAAUAUUUUGUAUUUUACAGGACUCUGUGUGAAAUGAAAUGCCCAGAGUUAGAGACUGGCAGGAGGGAGGUUUCUCAGCAUGUUUGUGUGCUAGAACUGUACCUGGGGAGCUCAGGAGCUGGAUUUUAGGAUUUGCGGAGGAGACGUUUUUAGACAUCUAUUUGUUGCAGGCAUCCUGUGUGGGCAACAUACCUGCGUAUGUGAGGAGAAAGGCUUUUGCAGUAUUUUGUAUUCUUGUUACCUAUGGGACGGAGAGGAACUGUUUGUAGUGUUUUUACCCCUUGUUUGAAGAGGCGGCACAAAGGGAUGGGACAUGGAUGACAAAGCCAUUGAUUCUUCCUAGGCUACUUUCCAAUGAUCUCUUCAGGUCAAACACUUAAUAAAGGUCUGGGGUGAGAUGAAGAGAGCAGUUAUUUCACGCUCUGGGAUAAAACUUGCCUCAGACCAACAAAAUCAAGACAAAACUGCCCUUUUCUGCUGGACCAGCAGUCCAGGUAUUCAAAUGAAAAUGUAGAUAUACUAUGUAAACCUACAGCAAGAUUAUUUUUAUCAGCCAUUUUAUGUGUAGAUGCUACAGUGUGAUUUCAUGCGGAAAUAUUGCUAAAGAUUUUUAAAAAUAUAGACGUUGUGUGUGUGCGUGUGUGUGUGUCUGUGCGCGUGUGUGAGUGGGAAUGUUUCAUUUGGAGUCCGUACUCUAACGGGAGCCCGUGUGGCAUGCACUCCCUACCUUCAGUGCAAUGCUGUUCGGCUGCCUGCAGCCUGAACAGGGGGACGCACUUCAAAGAAGAGAUGAUCUGCUAUUUUGUUUCUAUCCAUGAAUUUUGCUGUAAUUGGUUAUGCCAGAUAAGAUGUCACAAUACCACUGGUUAAAAAUAAAACCUAUUUUUCAGAUUUACUGCGCUGAUGGUACUUAAAAAGCUCCUGCACUAAAGGGUUAGUUUUAGCACGGUGUGAAUUUGAACUUCUCCCUCGUGCCAUGUGGGAUCCUGUCUGUGAUGGUUGGGGCGGGGGGGCCAAGGUCGCAUGAUGUGUUGACUGACUGCUGACACUGGGCUCCUGUCCAUAUUUGUCCCAAGUGAUUUUUUUGCUAUGAAACUAGCUUAAGAGCCUGACCAUGAGUACUGGACACAGAAGAAAAUACUUUUAUUUUCUGUUUAGUAUAGGGAAGUGCUUAUUCAACACAAUAGACCAGCAUUCUGCUAUUUGCCCGGACCUGGGACCCUUCCCCAGUAGUACUGCUUCGUGUUUGUUUGCUAUUUAAAAGUGAUUUUUUUCCUCUUCAGCUGCCAUCUAGUUGGUGGUGGAAGGGUGUUUAUGGGAGCAGGAGCAUCGUGGCUCUCUGUAGUGGAGAUUUUCCAACUUUUGUUAUAUAUCGGUGCCGUUUGCUUGGAAGAACGAUUGACCAAAGCUGUGCUCUUCACACUAACAAAAGCAUCGGUAACCGAAGUUCCCAGGCCUUGAUAAACUGGCCUCGAUAAACUGAGGUGGUCCGUGUUGAUCCAAGUCAGGUAGCUGACACCCACAACCUGUAUGCUCCCCUGUCACAGAGCUGUGCAGCAGCCGAUUUGAGGAAGUGCAAAGAAAAGUGGGGGGGUGUUCUCUCAGCUAUGCGGAAGCUGCCUUCCUGCUUGUUUUCACCUUCUGCUUGCCUUAGCACAAAUUGAGAGGAGAGGAGGAAAAAAGCCUGAAGAGGACCUGUCAGUUAUUGUUUUCUAGGAGAAAAAAAAAUCCCCCAAACCCGAGACAGACAAUUCAGAAUGUGCUCAGUUACAGUAUAUCCUGGUUAGCAAAAAAAACCCCAAAACAACACACCCCACUAAAAUCAGUGAGAACUGAAUUGGGGAAAAAAACAAACUACACCUAAAAAUCAAGUUAGCUAACUCAAGGUUUCCUAUUUGAUUUGAAUCGGUCACUUGAAUUAAUUCACCUUUCUACAGCCAAGACAUGCCCUAGAUAUUUAGAACUCCUUAAUUGUGCGCCGAUUACCUGCGUGUGCACAUGUAGUUGAGCAAGAGUUGUGUUCAUAAAAUAACAAAUGAGUUACAUGUUUGCUUAUGUACUGGGAGUUUUUGCUGUGACACCUCUUGCUCACAGGUGUAUUUAUAGAACCAAGCCAAUCGUCGGUUUAUUUCCUGACUGUGCUGUUGCUAUAGCCAGGGCUUAUUUACAUGUAUCUGCAUAAGCAAGGUUAAAAAAUUCCCAUAGCACCUUUUCCCUAGUUUGUGUUUUAUAAAGCAGCAGACCUUACCACAGCUAUCUGAAGAACAAAAGGGCCAAGGCUAGUAUGUAUUGCGGCGGUUGCCUG